CGCAUAUGCGGAGAGAAAAGUUGGAGAAAAAUUACUAAACAAAUAACGCACUAAGCUGACAUAGAUAGAUCUUCCACUUGUGGCCUUCUGGCCAAAACGGAAUUUCCAAUCGACAUCGGAAGAUCAACAUCCAGAUAAAGGCUACCACCAUGAACGAAACACUGAGAAUAUUCCUCACUCUCCUCACGAAGGCUUAUCAAGUCCGUACGAAAUGCUGGAUCCGCACCAUCGUAGCCCAAAUAUUGCUUCCAAUAGUUUUCUUCCUUAUCGCACAGACUGUUAGAUUAUUAAGCGAUAAUUCAGCGAAAGAAAUAAAUUACACAACUUAUCAUGAGAUUCAACCCAAACAAAGUAUUCUAGCCCAAUCUUCCGAGCUGGGAAUGCUUCGUUUUACGCCGAAGACAAAUGCAACAAUUGACUUGAUUAAAUACACGAUAGAGUGCCUAGGAAAUCCAAAUCUCAACUUCAGUGGUGCUGUAGACGAGGAAACGAUGGUGAAGAAUCUGACCAUGGACCAAGUUGAAAAUUUUCCUGUUGAAUCUUUGGGAAUUGUUUUCGAGACGAUCAUCGACGAUUCAGUAGCCACUAAUUUCAAGUAUAAAUUUAGAACGAAAGGUGCCCUGCAGAAAGAUUUAUACGACCCCGAGGAGAAUGGCAAUAUAGCAAAUAAUUUUAUGUGGCCUCCUCCUGUGGUGCCCGUUCAACUGUGUCUCGAUGAAGCCUACAUCAACUGGGUGUCAACGAAAUUUUCCUCAGAACCAAGGCAGUUCGAGCCGAACAUCUCAAUCCAGCAAAUGCCUUAUCCUCCGUACACAAAGGUCGAUAGGGGAACGGCAAUUGGAGGAAAAAUUUUCUCCGAGAUCAUAAAAUUCGUCUUCCUGAUCAUUCUCUGCGUCGAGAUUGCAUACCCUGCUAAUGAGAAACAUAUUGGGAUUAAUAUCCUCAUGUUUGUCAAUGGAGUUACCGCCAGGAUGAAUCUCCUCAGUUGGUUCAUGAGUGCAGUGGUGCUUAGCACUUUCUACCUGGCUCCGUUUGUGCUGAUUAUGAGACACUUCAUGCCACCAGAUGUCAUUCCAUUCUUGACCUUUGGGAACCCGUUUAUUGUUUGGAUGGUGCUGUUCAUUAACUUCUGCCAUAUGCUCUCCUUUGGUUAUCAUUUGUCGUCGUAUUUCUGGAAACCAUCAAAUGGCAUCUUUGCAACCUUCACGUUCCUCGCCAUACUAAAUAAUAUUGCCAAUUUUGCUACCUCUGCUGCCGCUCGACACGUUUUCCUGUACAUUGGUUUAAUAUGUCCGUCCACUCUCCUACAAAGAAUGUUCGACGAAAUAACAGUUUACGAGAGCAAGCUCGUUGGCAUCAGCUGGUCGAACAUGUUCUCACUCGGUACUGUAGAUGCCCCAGCAGAAGGAAGUGUCGGAGUGAUGUUGAUCUUCUCCAUCAUCGGUAUUCUCUUCAACUUUCACAUGACUCUCUACAUUUACGCAGUACGUCCAGGAAAAUAUGGUGUAAGCCGUAACCCAUUCUCCUGGUUCCGAAAUAAAAGCAAGAUCCAACAUGACGAGAACAAAGUAGACUUUGAAAAAACGAAUAGCAGAGGAAAGGAGUUUGAAGAAAUUCCCGAGGGGACUUUCGAGCCAGGAAUAAGAAUCAGAGGAUUGAAGAAAACCUACACAAAGGGUUUGUUUAAAUCCUCUGAAGUGGAUGCACUGAAGGGGGUCUCAAUGGACUUUUACAAAAGUCAAAUAACAGUUCUACUUGGUCACAAUGGUGCUGGUAAAACAACAAUGAUGUCCAUUCUAUCAGGAUUAACGAGUUUAACGGAGGGAGUAAUACUCAUAGAUGGUAAGAACAUCCAGCGAGACCCAUUCAGCAUAAAAAACAACAUCGGCCUCUGCCCACAGGAGAACAUGGUCUUCUCCGAAUUGACGGUCUACCAACAACUUUUCUUCUUCGGAACUUUGAAAGCUCGUAACAAAACAAAGGACCAAUUGAACUCCGCAAUUGAUGUUUUAUUGGAUAAAGUGAAUCUAACGGACAAGCGAAAUUUCACACCGAAUCAGUUAUCAGGAGGUCAAAAGAGAAGAUUGUGCCUUGCGAUGGCUGUCAUCGGCGAUGGAAAUGUUUUGAUACUGGAUGAGCCGACCUCGGGAAUGGAUGCAGAGAGUAAACGCGAAGUUUGGGAUAUUGUACUUAAAAUGAGGGGUGAAAAAACGAUAAUAAUAAGCACACACGACAUGGAAGAGGCUGAUAUCCUGGGGGAUAGAGUAGCUAUAAUGCACACAGGGAGAUUGAAGAGUUACGGAACUUCAAUGUUCCUGAAGAAAUUCUACGGAGAUGGUCAAGUGGAAGUGACUUUGUCUGUUGAGCCCUGGUGUGACCCCUCAAAAAUUAUUCGAGAAAUCAAAGUACCAGCAGAAUUACUGAACCAAGACGAGGGUAAAAUGGUUCUGGCAAUUCCCCAGGUGAAAUCAUUACCAGAGGCUCUGGAUCAUCUGGAGUCAUCGCGAAAGGAUUUGGGUAUCACUGGAAUGAGUGUUUCGAUAAUAACGUUGGAGCAAGUUUUCCUGAGAGUAACUAGGGAUGACGCUGACGCAGUCGAGACCAGGGAGCACAUUGAGUACCCGGAGAAGGUAACGGGACUGGAGUAUUUUCGCCAGUGCUUUUUUGCCUUUUCCCUGAAGAAGUUCACGACUAUACGGAAAAAUGCUAUUCGAUUCUGGCUGAGUUUGCUGUUACCCUGCUUGGCGUGUACAGUUAUGCUGACAGCAUUUGGAGGGAAAACAAAUGAAGGAACACCAAUUUCAUUGACAUUGGAGUCUUACGACUCCCCGGCCGCUUUUGUUAAAUCACCUGAUGCUGAUUUUAGUCGAAUGUAUGCAAAUAGUGUCAGUCAAUUUGGAGGGAGAGCAAACAUCAUUGAAUCGAACUCAUCCAUGAGUGUCACGAAUGCUCUUUUGAAGACAGCUCACGAGGACAUCGGGAUGUACAGAAACGAGUACAUAGUCUCUGCGGAGGUUAAUGGAACAGAAUCGGAUAUGAAAGUCAAUGGAUUUUACUCAGGAACUGCGUAUCUGGGAGUUCCACUGACAUUGAAUGCCCUGUCGAAUGCCAUGCUGAAGGCUGUGACCAAGGACAAGUCUCGCAGGAUCGAAGCCUCGAUCCAGCAGAUUCCAUCAUCCUGGGCGAUCCAGCAGAGGGAGGUAGCCGAUGGUUGGAUGAUCACAGUGGCUAUUAUUGUGUACAUAGCACCAGCCAUCGGUUUACAUGUCACUCAGCCUCUCGAUGAAGCCCGUUCUGGGAUCAAACAGCUGCAGAGUAUGACUGGAGCCUCGAAAUUUGCGUAUUGGGCCUGCAUGUUUCUCCUUGAUUACAUUCAGUACGUAAUAUCGAGUCUAUUGCUUCUGGGCUCAUUCAUUCUCGUCGAUCAGUCACUGGAGAUGAAAUUCUACGGUGAAACCGAGAUUCUUGUCUUUAUGGAGCUGAUGCUGCUGUUUGGAUUGAGCAUGCUACCGUUUGUCUAUUGCAUCAGCUUCCUGAAGAAGUCAUUGAAUACCACAAUGAUUUUCCAGAGUCUUGCUCCAUCGAUUUUGGGAUUGAUGGAAAUGAUUCUGACGAUGGUUGAAGUCAGUUGGAAGAAUAACAUCUUCAAGGACUUCAGGAUGGUGCAGAGUAAAAUCUUCCAGCUGGUUCCCUUUUUGAGUUUCAUGUAUGGACAUGCAACGUACUUUACUGUGGUGUCGAAGAAUGCUAGGUGUCGGAGGAUGACUGAUGAAUUCAUCGCUGUUUCGUGCAUCAUUCGGGAUCCAUGCUGUGGAAGACAGUGCACUAAUGGUGACUGCAAAAAUCCAUUCUCCUAUUUCGAUGUGAAACUACCGAACAGCUCGCCAAGUCUCGCCACCAGUAUGAUAUACCUUGCAGGAUCUUUCCUGUUAUUUUCUGCGAUUAUUCUCGUCAUUGAACAGCGGAUUCUUCAGAGAAUUAUGAGGAAGAUUGUAGGAAACAAAUCGCAAAGGACUAAUACCACUAAAAUGGAUGAAUUAGUGAUGAAGGAAAAGGCAGCUGUUGCUGAUGAAGUGAGAAAGAAAAUCAAUAACAUUGAUGAUGAUGAGAACGAGAACGUAUUCUUAGUUCACGAUUUGAGAAAGAGGUAUGGAAAGCUUGAGGUGGUGAAGGGGAUCAGUUUCAGAGUGAAAGAGGGUGAAUGUUUUGGAUUGCUUGGGGUGAAUGGCGCAGGAAAGAGUACGACAUUCAGAAUGCUGACUGGGGAAGAACAGUCUAAUGGGGGACAGAUGUGGCUGAGAAAUUUCAAUAUUGAAAGUAAUCGGUUAGAAUAUCUGCAGGAAAUGGGCUACUGUCCCCAGCAAGAUGCCAUUAUAGGGACUCUGAAUUCGUGGGAUCAUUUGUACUUAUUCGCAAGGCUUCGAGGUGUUCCAAAGGGUCAAGUGCAUGAUGUCGUUGCGAAAUGGAUUCGGAAACUCAAUCUUACUGCGUGCGCUGAACAACCCAGUAGCACGUACAGCGGAGGGAAUAAGAGACGAUUGAAUAUUGCAAUUGCACUUAUUGGUAAUCCAUCUUUAGUUCUGAUGGAUGAACCGACGACUGGGGUGGAUCCGGCAGCUAGAAGAUCACUGUGGAAUACUCUGAAAAUCUGCCAGGACUCGGGACAAUCAUUUAUCCUCACUUCACACAGUAUGGAGGAGUGCGAGGUACUGUGCAAUCGACUCGUUAUUAUGGUAAAAGGUCAGCUAGUUUGCAUUGGUGCUAGUCAAGAAUUGAAACAACGCUUCGGCGCUGGUUACAAUAUUCACGUGAAACUCUUCCCCAAUCGCAAUUACGCAGACGUGGAGAAUAUUAAGGGAAAAAUAGAGAGCAAUUUGACGUGCAAAUUAACGGAUGAAAAUACAGGUGUUCUCAACUUCCAUGUCACAGACUCCAAAGCCACUUGGACGCUCAUGUAUUCACUGCUGUAUGAGUUGAAGAGUGAUUACAAUUGUAUCGAAGAUUUUGCUGUUCUCUCUUCAACACUCGAGCAACUGUUCAUCCAAUUUGCCAGGGCGCCUGAUGGUGGACAAGAGAAUAAUGGAUAUGUGCAUGAGGAACGGCAAAAGCAGAACAACACAGAAGUUGCUGUUUAAUUUUGUUUAUAUCCACAGGUUAGUAAAGUCCUUCUCUGUUCGAUGUGUCUUAUCCUCGGAAUACGCAGAGGAUUUUUCCUUCGCACCUUGUACUUCUGUGAAUAUAUAAAGAUUAUGCAUACAAAUGAGAAUGUAAAAUAUGUACAGAUAACAGUAAAGUGUCUACAAUUUUCUAAAUUUUGAAAAUAGAGAUUUUUUUAAAGAUUUUCACAUACUCA